AUGAGUGAAGAAGAAUCAAUCGUUGAACAGCCUACUAAAAAGAGAAAGCUUGAGGAUGCCACUCAAAAACAAAUACUAUCAGACUCAACUGAUAGUGGGAAAGAUCAAAAUGAACCUUUGCAGGAUUCAAAAGAGGCAGAAGAAUCUCCAUCUGUUUCGCAAGACAAGUUACGUAACUUUGUUACACCUGAAGAACUUGAGCAGCUGAGACGCUUUCAUGUUCUGGACGAAGUCAAGUCCAAUGAUGAAGAUAGCAACGAUGAGAACUCCGAUGAUUCUGAUGGUAAAUCGGUUGAGCUCCCCGAUGAAGAGAUCGAGAUGAUGUUGGAUGCUGACCUUCCGGAUUCUAUUAAAGGAGGCCCUAAGACGAGAGAAAAACCCUUCAUAACCAGACAGAAAGUACUUUUAGAAGAAAAAGGCAUAAAUCAUUUUGAAGUUCUACCUCUGGACUGGAUCAUGGUAAGGCACAUGAGCGGCAUGCCCAUCUACAUGCAACGCUCUACGCGUGUCUGUACACUCUCCAAACCAUAUUUCCUCGGCAAAAAUAACACAAGGCGUCAUGAUAUUCCAAUUAGCGCAAUACCCUGCUACGCGUAUAGAAGGGCUUUAGAGGAAGAGGAAAAGCAAAAGGAGAUCGAUAGAAGAAUAGAAGAACAAAUACGAAAUGGUACAUGGCCUUGUAACUAUGAGAGUUAUCAGAACACCAUAUGUCCUGGGGCACAAUCUAAGAAUAUCUCUUGUAAUAGUACUGACCAGCCUGGGACUGCAAGUGGGACACAAUCUCAAUACCAAAAAUUAGGAUCGUCUACGCGCCAAGGCCAAGAGACGACCGAGCCAAAAAGCAAUAAAGUAUCUGAGCCUACAACAGGACAGGAGAUGGAAAAUAAAGACCACAAAAUCCAAGAUUCUGCAACCCUCCAAAAGCCGCAGUCCAAGGACACAGAAACGAUAAAAUGUAUGCGGCAUUUAAUGUCUUCAGGUCAAGAAAGCUCAGCAUCUGCCAACUUACAACCUUAUGAGACUAUAAGUCAACAAAUAUCAGAUGUUGGCGACCCACAAAAGCCGGAGUUAUCGAACCAAAAAAUUCCAGAUUUUCCUGAUAAAUCCUCAGAGUCAUCAUGUCCAAAAUUCCAGAGUGAAGAUUUACUUCGUGAGACCCUUGAAAUAAAGGAAGAGAUUCUCCAAGAUAUAUCAAGAAGCGAUUGCCAAGUUAGCGACGAUUCUAAGAAAGAAGACUCGAGUGAGAAGGAGAAGGAAAGUAAUUCAAAUUCAACUGCAAGUGAACCUAUUCCUUUAAGCAGGCAACCUGUGGUACUUCCAGGCGGCAUUGUGAUGCCACCUCCCAGGGUGGAGACAAUAAAUACCAGUUGGAAAACCCAGCAUCUAAAUGCAGAUCAGAUUAACGAUUAUUGCAAGAAACUGUUUAAGUUUAAAACUGUUAACAUUAUGCAUUUUAAGCGCUGGGCGGACAGGCGCAAGUACACGAAGGCCCGCAAGACCCUGCAGUACCCCACGCUGCCCGAGGGCACCAAGCUCAUCACCAUUCCCGCACAGCCGGCUACACCUGGACAAGAAAAUGGUGGCAAAUCAACGAAACGCGACUGGGUGAUGAACAUGAACGAUCGCAGUUACCUGUCGGUGUUCCACGAGUACGUGCGGAGGGCGCUGCAGAAACAGCCCGUAUACCACUUCAGACAACUUGAGAACGCUGCGCAGCCGUACCAAGCGAUAGUGUACAUCGGCGGUAUGCAGUACGGCGUAGGGUACGGGUCCAGCAAGAGGCAGGCCAAGUCUGCGGCCGCCAGGGCCUCCAUCCACAUCCUCAUUCCCGAGAUGAAGGAUGAAUUGGACGCCGCUGGACCUCAGGAUACUGAUAAGACGCAGCCUGAUUUUCAUGAUUUCUUCGACUUAGUGGGCAUUGAGGACCCUCGCAUCACGGAGUUCUGUGCUGCAACCUGUGAACCCUCGCCUCAUGCCAUAUUGCGCACAUGCCUACUCAGAAACUUCGGCGCAGGGGACCGGCUCAUACACACUGAGAUGAAGAAACUAGAGUUUCAAAAAAUCGAGUUGACGAUGAAGGUUGGCAAACACUCGGCCUCCGUGAUCUGUAAGAACAAGAAGACGGCGAAGCAGCGCGCCUCACAGGCCAUACUGCAGGCGUUGCAUCCUCACGUUCGCUCCUGGGGCAGUCUCCUCCGCCUCUACGGCUCAAAAUCAGAAAAGAGCUGCAAGGAGAAGAAACUAGAAGAACAGCAAAUCACUCUUCUCCAAGACAAGGCACGUCACAACGAACCCAACUACGCCGUGCUGGACAAACUGCGCCACGAGAUGAGGAAACUUCGGGAGCGCGAUGAAGCUGUCGUCCCGAUUGGUACUUUGUUGGUCAAAGAUGAUCUACCAACACACUCUGGGUCUAAUCUCAAUAAUGUUGAUCUAUGA